GAAAAAUCUGGGCACGCAACGUGACGCCACGUCUCUCCCCACUUCUUCGGUAGUUCGUCUUCCUCGUCUUCCUUUCCCCAUCCUCGUUCGCUCGCUCGCUGCCGGAACCUGCGACUGGAGCCUGCUCUACUCUGCUCUCGCCGGAAGAUGGAGCCUGGAGGAAACGGUGGCACCGGGCAGACCUCUCCCCGUGGGAAUGACUGGGAGGUUGUGCAACUGACUGCAUCAAACUACGCAUCCACACCUGGUCCGGCACGAUCCGAACCUUCCGACGAGGAGUCUGCGGGCCAUGUGUAUGGCACAAAGGGGGAUGAUUCAGCAGCUGCGGCACUGAUGAUGUCUGGCCAUUUCUCGGUGCCUAAGAAUGAGGCUGAGAAUCUUCUGGUGAAAGCUGAUAGCACACAGCGCGAGGAGGCGCGUGACAGCCAGUAUGCAGUUUCUGACACUGGUGACGAUGAGGGGGUCGAGGAGAAAUUGAAGGGUGAUGAUGUUGAUAGGAUCUCAUCCCUCGACAAAGGGAAAAGCCUUUCGUCGGUUGAUAUGAAGCCUGAUGAUGGCAACACAUCCCGUGGGUUGAGUUUGGCCGCAGAAGACGCUGUUAUGUUCUCGUCAUCCGGUCAGACUGCAAUGGUUGACGCUGAGAAAGAAUUGAGCUUGUCAGCUACUGAGAGUAAAACAACUGAGGAGAAAAGUGAAGAUCCAACCCUGCAAAAUGUGGACACUGUCACCGGUUCAUCCAAGGUUGUUGCUUCUGGUGAAGAGAGCAGGCCUGAUGGUUCUCGAGGCCCACCCGGUGCUUGGUGGCAGAAGCAGAUUAUAUCGCUGUACAAGAGUGCUAGGGAAAGUAACAAAUUCUGGCCGAUUAUUGUGGCCGGUGCUGCUUUGAUGGGGAUGGCGUAUUUCCGGCGGCGCUGGCUCAAGGGCAAGCUGCAUCUUCAGCAGGUCAAACUGCAACCUGCUAGCAGCAAGGAGGUAAUCGUGGGACACCUCCCUUUCCAACAUACUAGCCAAAAUUUCCAAACUGAACAGACUAGUUGGGCCUGAAAUCCAGAGGAUCAACCACGCUGUCGCACCGUUAAACCGGAUUAAGGACAUUCUUGCUGCGGGCAAUCACCCAAGUCCAGCUCCCCAUGGGCACGCUCGAUCGAGUUGAUUGCCCUUCCUGUUGACGUAAGAUGUAUCCUGAAACUACUGUGUGCCAUGGAGACAUCGACAGUACUGGAUAUCAAGGCGAUGUGCAUCAUCGUCUACCCUGAUGCCCCAGAACUUGUGGACGUUUAUGCGUGCUGGCCGUGUAAUUAAAUCUCAAACUCCUCCUUGGAUAUGUAAAUAUGUGUGAGUUUUGUGUGGUUGCUUUC